AUGAAGACCAUCGAGAGCGACACCGCAGCCUGCCCGACGGACACUCCUGACGGACAGACAGGGCUCUGUGCCCGACCCGGGCCGGGCCCUGCGGAGAGGGCACACGGCAGCCGCUGGCUCUCUGACAGGAAGAAAAGAGCUUUACAGAAGAAAGAUGUGGAUAUUCGUAGAAGAAUUGAACUUAUUCAAGACUUUGAAAUGCCCACGGUUAGCACAAAGAUUAAGGUAUCAAGAGAUGGACAGUAUAUUAUGGCAGUUGGAACUUACAAGCCCAGGGUCCGCUGUUUUGAUACCUAUCAGUUAUCCCAGAAAUUUGAAAGGUGCUUAGAUUCUGAAGUGAUUACGUUUGAGAUUUUAUCAGAUGAUUACUCAAAGAUUGUCUUCUUGCAGUGUGGCAGAUUUGUGGAGUUUCAUUCACAACAUGGCCAUUACUACAAGACAAGAAUACCAAAAUUUGGUAGAGAUUUCUCUUACCACUACCCAUCAUGUGACCUAUAUUUCGUAGGAGCAAGUUCUGAAGUGUACAGGCUAAAUCUGGAACAGGGAAGAUUUCUGAACUCCCUGCAAACUGAAGCUUCAGAGAGUAAUGUCUGUGAUAUAAAUCCUGUACACUUCUUGUUUGCGAUGGGGACAGCUGAGGGUAAAGUGGAAUGCUGGGAUCCUAGAACUAGAAAUCGAGUUGGGCUGUUGGACUGUGCUUUAAGCAGUGUGACAGCAGACACUGAGAUAGAAGGUUUGCCAUCCAUUUCAGCACUGAAAUUUGAUGGGGCUUUGAAUAUGGCUGUUGGAACAUCUACUGGGCAGGUCCUAUUGUAUGAUCUCCGGUCUAGUAAUCCAUUAAUAGUCAAAGAUCACCACUAUGGCCUGCCUAUUAAAUCAAUUCAGUUUCACCAUCAGUUGGAUUUAAUUAUCUCUGCAGAUUCUCGAAUCAUAAAAAUGUGGAACAAAGAUACAGGAAAGAUAUUUACUUCAAUGGAGCCAGAACAUGAUAUAAAUGAUGUCUGCCUUUAUCCAAAUUCAGGAAUGCUAAUGACUGCCAAUGAAGCCCCUAAAAUGAAUAUCUAUUAUAUACCAGUUUUAGGGCCUGCCCCAAAAUGGUGUUCCUUCUUGGACAACUUGACUGAAGAGCUGGAAGAGAAUCCAGAAAGCACUGUUUAUGAUGAUUACAAAUUUGUUACCAGAAAAGACCUUGAAAAUUUAGGCCUUGCUCAUCUCAUUGGAUCAUCAUUGCUCAGAGCAUAUAUGCAUGGCUUCUUCAUGGACAUAAGACUUUAUCAUAAGGCAAAAAUGAUGGCUAACCCUUUUGCCUAUGAAGAAUAUAGAAGAGAGAAAAUAAGGCAGAAGAUAGAAGAAACACGUGCACAGAGAGUUCAGCUGAAGAAACUCCCAAAAGUUAAUAAAGAACUUGCACUCAAACUGAUUGAAGAAGAAGGAGAAGAGAAACAGUUCAGUAAAAAAAGAAAACAAAAGAAUCUGCCCAGCCUCCUCAAAGAUGAUCGUUUUAAGGUCAUGUUUGAGAAUCCAGACUUCCAGGUGGAUGAGCAGAGUGAAGAAUUUAGGCUACUUAACCCACUUGUUUCUAAAAUAAGUGAGAAAAGAAAGAGGAAGCUAAAGAUCUUAGAAGAACUGGAAGCACAAGGAGAGGAAGAGGAGGAAGAGCCAGAAGGAAAAGCAAGUGAUGCAGAAAGUUCUGAGAGUUCAGAUGAUGAAAAAGGCUGGGUUGAAGAGGUCAGGAAACAGCGCAAGCUUUUACGCCAAGAGGAAAAACUAAAGCGGCAGGAAAGGCUCAAGGAGGAUCAGCAAACAUUACUGAAACCUCAGUUUUUUGAGAUUAAAGAAGGAGAGGAAUUCAGAAGCUUCAAAGACUCUGCCAAAAAACAGAAAUUAAUGAAGAAAACUCUUGAAGAUCGUUUAAAGCUUGAAGAAAAACUUGGCACGCUCAAUGUGUCUGAUACCACAGUAGGCAGCAAACAGGCAACAUUCAAAUUAAAGAAGUCAGAACAGCAAAGGAAACAGCAGGAAGCUGAGAGACGACAUCGUCAAGAGAGGAAAACUCUUCGGCGCUCUGCCAGUCAUCUCAAGAGCAGACGUGGAAGAGGACGACUAUUUCAUUGAUUUCUGUUCUUUUUUUAAGAAAUUUUUAACUCAUUUUUUCAUUUGAAAAAGGGGCUUUUUCAGAUUGGGACACAGUACCAAUGGAUUUGUAUUUUGAUUCAUUGGUGAACACAAAACCAGAACUUCCUAAACCUUGUGUUAAUUAAUGAAAAGUUUGUGAAAGUUAAAGUACUGACCAAAGGACACUAUAAAUAUGGUCCAUUGUGAACUGUAUUUAUUCAGAAAUCACCAGCAGCUGGUUAUUGUGUAACCCUGGAUGUUUUCUAUAUAAGAAUUUAUGUAUACAAUAAGGCUGCCUGUCUUUUAUUUAACUGAAGAGCUGUGAGUUUCAGUUUCUGAAAUCUUUGUGACUGCUUAGAUAAAAGAUCAAGGUUAAGUUAUUUUGUCUAAAAACUUACCUUUACAAGGACACAACACAUUUUUCUGGUUCUUGAAGGAUGACACACAAUUGUUUUUUUCAGAAGCUGACUUUGUCUUUAUAAUCUUGGGUCGCCUUUAGUAGCAAAUGGUACAAAUGGUUGUCAGGAGGACAAUUGAGAAUGCCUGAUUUGGGUUCCUCUGAGUCAUUCUGUAAGGAAACCUCUCUUGCCACAUCAGUGUACAAAGGGGAAGCCCAGAAGGAGAGUAGUCCUAUUAACUUAGAUUUUGUAAAUAUCCCAAUCCUCACGUUUCUGUUUUGAAAAGUCAGCCAUGGUUCAGCAUAGGUCAAGUGUUACAUGUUCAUAUAACAAGCACUUUAGGGCAAGGCCAGCAGUUUCCUAUGCUUCAAAUAAAGAGUUUAGUUAAAUAAGUUAAAAAAACCCUUGAGCCUAAGUAGGUCACUAUUUAGCAAAUAAAUUAAUUUUUACCUUUGAUUCUAAAGGAACCUUUUUAUUGCUUUUUAAAAGCCUUUAUGAAUUGCUUUUUUCCUAGAUAAAACCUGAACUUUGGAUCCAACAAGAAUCAGUGAAUUUCCCUGUCACUGUUAAUCUUUUUAAGAGACUUGCAGGUUCUUAGGUGUUUUGCUGUGUAAACCAGAGAGGUAUUAAUCUGGCCAUGUCUCUUGGACAGUAUUUAUAGAAUUUUUGCAAUUACUUCAGUAAAAACUUUGGUUUCUCAUAGCCUUAUUUUUUUUGGUUUUGUUUUGUUGUUAGAUGAUAGAAAAAUAAGCCACGUGGGUAAUUUUUUUUCUCCUGGACUUAAUUUUACCUGUUUUAAUUCCUUCUGGUUUUAAUUGUAUUGCUGCCUUUAAUUUAAAAAGGCCCUUUCACCUGAUAUUUUUACCUUCAAAAACUUUCAUUGUAGUCAUCACCUCUGCCCUUGCAUUCAACUAAAGGAUGAGUCUCUCAAUACCUAGGUUUUUACCUCUAUCUGUCAAAUUUCUGCCUUUUUAUUUAGCAUGCUUUUUAUUUAGCACAGAACUAUUCAGUUUUCCAAUGUCAGCCUCACCCAUGCUGUAGGUACCAUUAUUACUUCUCCUUAGGCACUGAGAAAAUAUGAGUGCAGUUGUGGUUGCUCUGGGGUAUGUCCCACUCUUUGGAGUGUUAUCCUGUGACAUUCAAGACUUUGAAAUCCAAAUGCAAGUUAAAAUUUGUACUGGUGCAACAUCUUCCCCCUGGAGCAUUAUGUUAUCUUUUAGAAACUGUGUGUGAUUCUGGUGUGCUCACAUCAUACAUGGGGCUGUAGCAAUGUGGAAAGGUUAACAAUGGAAACUGGCCUCCAUUGUUGUUGAUACAGGGAGAGUUGAGGACUGAGUGUACAGAGCUGGCAUUGUAAGAGCAGGAAUUUGGCAGAGUUUAUUCCGUCUCAUGGUGGGCCUAAAUCCCAUUAUAUUUGAUCUCGAGCUGCAUUUAAUGGUUGAAGGCAGCUGUAUUUCAGCAAUGAUUUUUGUGGGUUGUCAAGAGCAGUAAAAAGCAAAUGUGGUUGAUCUGCAGGGUGCUAAUGUAUUGAGUUUGAAAUGGUUGACUUUCAGCUUAAAACGAGUGUAUUUCUUGUGUUUUGAGAUUCUUCUGACUGACUGGUUUAAGUCAGUGCUUUGCUUUUCACGCACUUACAUUCAUAAUGUAAGUAUUAGGAUAAUAUUGAUCAGGUUUUUAGGUUGAAGUCUAUAUGAUUAAAGGAAUAUACUUUGUACUGUUAGAUAGAAGGCAAACUGCCCUUAGCAUGCCAUUUAUUUCACCUCAAAGAAGGUUGGGAUACACUUCAAAACACCUCCUUUGACCUGCUGGCAGUGCUCUUCCUAGUGCACCCCAGGACACCACUGGCCUUGGCCACAAGGGCACUGCCAGCUCAUG